AUGCGGGAGUUCCAUGUCGGACAGACAUUGGCAAUCUCUCCGAUCACGUUCUAUGCAAUCGGAUUUGUGAUCGGACCGAUGUGCACAUCUGCCCUAUCCGAAGAAUUCGGCAGACAAUACAUCUACAAGAUUUCUCUGUUCCUUCAUAUGGUAUUCACCAUCGUCGGUGGAGCAGCCCAGAAUUUCAGAACAAUAGCCGUUGCCCGUGGGGUCUGUGGAAUCGUCGGAUCUCCAUGCGUGACUGUCUUCUCGGGUCUGUUGAAUGAUCUAUGGAGAAUGCCAGAGGACAAGCUGGGCGGGACCCUGUUUGCAAUGUAUGGCAUAAUGGGCGCGAUUGCAACUGAGAUCGGCCCUAUAGCUGGCGAGGCGAUAGUCAGUGACCGCGACUGGCGCUGGACUUUUUGGCUCACAGCCAUGUUGGUUGGGGCGUGUUUCCUGGCAAUGGUGACAGUACCCGAGACAUAUCGCCCCGAGAUCCGAAGGAAGAUGCUCAAACUGCCACGAAGUAGUAUCUGGCACUGUCUGGGGCCUGCAUUUGCACGUCCGUUUCACAUGCUGAUGGUUGAGCCGAUCAUCCUCCCCACGGCUGCUAUUGUUACCAUGGGCCAGGUUGUUGUUUUUGUGUUCUAUGCAAGCUACCCGUUGAUACUUUCACGGGAGUACCAAUUCACAGCAUAUGAGAUCGGGCUGGCUUUCAUCCCACUACUCAUUGGCAGUUUGCUGGCACUGCCUAUCAUAUCAGUGGUGAUGAAAAGGCGAGAAAAGGCAUCGACCUCACAGCCUGAAGACUCUAUGCCCGCGGCUAGUAUAGCAGGCAUCUUGUUACCGAUCAGCUUGUUUUGGCUUGCAUGGACAGCUCGAUCGAGCAUUCACUGGAUAUGUCCACUCAUUGCCGGAGGGCUUUACGGAUUAGCCUUUGCGCUAUCGCAGCUGGUCUACCCGCUAUACAAGAAUGAGGUCUAUGGUGCCGAGUUCGGAGCUUCUUCUUUUGCCGUCGAUGUUGCUAUGCGCUACACCUUCUCGUCUGUCUUCCCGCUUUUUACCACUCAGAUGGUAGAUAGUAUUGGAUUCGACUGGACCAUCAGCCUUUGGGCAUUUGUGUUGUUGGCUCUGGCCCCCGUCCCCUUUGUACUUCAACGAUAUGGACCGAGGCUACGAGCACGCAGCCAAUAUGUCCAAAGGAGGGAGGAAGACCCCCCUUCGGUUGGGGCAGCUUGA